ACUCUCGAACGAUGGCACACAACAACCAAACAGACGCGUACUCGUCGAUCAUCCGAUCGCAACUGCAGCCCUUCGGUGCCGUUGCCGGUUCUGUUGCCGGUGCCCGCGUGAAAGAGAGGGAGGGAGGAAGGAAGGGAAACCGGGAGGAAGCAAGACAGACGGAUACGGAAAAAAAGGGAGCGAGAAAGAGGUGUUAUCGAGACAGACGAGCCUCCCGCUGUUUCUCCAACGCGGUCACGUCGUCAAGGAACACCACGUGCAAACCGCCAAUGCGUACCGGCACGGCAACUGUGCACUGUAAAUACGCGCAAAAAGGUGCAUGCGCAGAAUACUGGAAACGCGGUGCGCAUGCGUAAGCGCACGCACCCACUGCGUAUAUAGGAUCAACACGAGCAAGUACAUCGGCCAUACACCCCCAUGGCCCGUGUCGGUGCUCUUCAGAACCCUCGCCAACCCCCUCCAUUCAUCCCCAGCACAUUCAGAGAGGAAAUCCCCUCGACUGCGAGGAUAUACCCUCCCGACAAACCCCUUAA